AUCGCCAGCGUUUGAAAUCAAUCGCUGAAUAUGAUGCAGUCGAGUAUGCAGCCAGCGAUAGCUCCGGCGCCACACGCCAUGCAAAAUACUGCUCAGGACAAUGCUGCUGAAAUAAGCCUACGAGAGCAUCUGCUCGCGCAGGUGCACUCACCCCAGCCUGGCACUCACCAUCUCGAUAACAUUGGGUCAGGAAGCUCCAUGAGCCCGCACGAUCACAAUAUUGACCCAGCCAUCGCUGGACCUGGUCUGCAACCCAGCCCGGGCGGUGAAGCGCCAGGCGCGGGAGAUCUCAGCGACGAGGCAGCAGCCAACGCCGCAGCUGCGGCCGAACUCAAAAAGGCUGGUGGAAAACGCGAGCUUUCAACGUCGAAACGCGCGGCACAAAACCGCGCAGCUCAGGUACGUAAUAUCGAUGACAAAACAAAUGCCAUCAUUUUCUUUCUUUUUCAAGUCCCUGGUUUUCCGGUGCCUUCAAAAUCCCGUAAAGUUUGGUCGCAAAAAGUUUCGCCAUUUUGCAAAUGUAGUUGUCUUGAAGAAUGUGCGCGCAAAAGUUGUAUUCUGUCGUCGAGCGAAAAAAAAGAGAGGUUGCUGGAGUUGUUUCUGGAUUCUUGUUCUCGUUCCGCUCGUUCUUGCUUUGUCACAUCGUUGUCAUCAAUACCAUCUUCACACUACAACACCAAAAUCAUCCCAUCCAUAUUACGGCAUCAUGGAGCUUACGUAAGGACUAUUCAUUAACAUUUCACAAAACAAAACAACAGCGUGCCUUUCGACAGCGCAAGGAAGGAUACAUAAAGAAACUCGAAGAACAAGUUCGCGACUACCACCUCCUCGACGAGAAUUACAAG